AUGAUUAACAUGAAAUUAAAAAAUCCAAAAUCCUUAUCCUCACUAGUAAAUUUGUAUUUAAAAAAAAUCAAUAAUCCCAUGGAGCUUAAAGAAUUAAUUAAUAAAUUAUUAAGUGAUGCUACGUUUUUACCUAUUUAUGGACUAACCGAUUAAUAAAAACUAGAACAUAGAACCAUUUUUACUAAUAUUACACUUGGGAAUAAUUAGAACUUAGGGUAACUUAUGAAAUUAUAUUAGAACAAUAAUAGGAAUGGCAGUUUUAGGAGUGAUUGGCUUUUUGGCACUUGGAUUUACCUUUUUAGGAGCAAUAGGUGGAGGAGCUAUAGGUAUAAUUUUGGGAAGGUAUUUGGGAAGAAAGAUCUCAAAAAAAAUAGCUACAAAAGGGAUAAAUUUAACUGAAUUUGAUAUCUUUGUUAUUAGAGUAAAAUGCUUACUAAGAUGGGUAAAUUUCAGUUUGAUGAUUUAGGGUAAAUUGAUUAUGGUUAAAUAUAUAAAUGAUAUCAACUUACAGAGAUUUUGUGUUUAAAGAAUUUUAACUGAGAUCAAACCUCUUUUGCAUUAUAAGUAUUUUGAUAAAAAAUUUCAAAAAGAAUCUUAGACUUUAUUAAUAAAAAUAAGAGAGUAAUUGUCUAAAGAAUAAUCAAUUUAUGCUUUAUGUCUCAGUUAUAAAUUGACUAAAGAAUAUAUUUAAAUAAUUGAUUAAAAAAUAAUAUAUUCAAAAUUUAGUAAUUAUGAAGUAAAUAUUUAGUUUAAUAUAUAGAUAUCAUAUGUUUUAAAUGAAACAGUUUCAGAUGUUUUAAUACCAUUUUUAACAUUAUUUUAAGAUGUAAGAGAUUGUUAAAAAAAUGAUGUAAUCUAAUUAUUAAUUAAAAAAAUCAAAAAAUUAUAAAUUAACAAAAUAGUAUUAAAGUGUUAAUAAGGUUAUUUUGAUUAAUAAUUAUCAAUUGAAUUUAUUAAAAUGUUUGCUGCUAAACUCAAUUAUAAAGUUAAAAUUGAAGAUUUAGAAAAAUUUUUAUAAAUACAAAAUUAUAGAUAAUAAUUAUAAAAUAGAGAAUAAAUAUCAAAAAGUCAUUAAAGAAGAAAAAGUUAAGGAGAUAUGAUAUCAAUGAAUGAAGAUAUAGAUUAAGAAUUUUAAGCUUAAGUGCCGUUAAUUAUGAAAAAUUAAGUUAGAGCAAGGGCAAAAUCAUAUGAUGAUAAAAAUGACCAAUAAAUUAUCUCAAAAUAAUAAUGUCAAUUAAUUAAUCAAUAAAAUUAAUAAUAAUAACCAUAAUAACCUCUUUAAUAAUAAUAAAAUAAUUUUGAAAAAAUAGAAAAAAGAGGAUCUUAAUGUAUUCAAGAAAAUUUGAUACAAUAGAGUCAGUUAUAACAAAUUCUAUGUCUAUAAUUGGAACAUUCCAAACAAAAUUAAUAAAUAAAUAGAGGAUCAUUUUAAGCAGAAGAAAAUUAAAUUAAUUCUGAUAGAACAUAUUAAUUAUCAGCUGAACUGGAAGAAAAGUUUAAAUUAUUAGUUGGUCUAAUAGAAGAACCUAUUGAAGGAUGGGAAAUUAUAUUAAAAAAAGAAAAUUUAAUCAUUUACAAAACUUUCAAACCUGGAAAUCCUGCAGUAUUUGUUAAAGGCCAUAGUGAUUUAUAAGGAAUUUCAAUUGAUAUUUUAUUGAAAGCUAUACAUAAUGAAAAAUAUAGAUAAAAAUGGGAUAAAAUUUUAUUGAGUUUUUAAGUUUUGGAGAGGGAAUCUGCUAUUGUAGAUAUUAUAUAUUACUAUGUUAAAAGUCCACCAUGUGUAGAUAAUAGAGAGUUUUGUUAGAAAAGAAUACUGAAAUAUGAUUUUCCAAAGCCAGGAAAAACUUGUCUUCUAUAUUUUAGUGUAGAUCAUAAUAAGGCUCCUAAAUUCAAAGGACAUAUAAGAGCUGAAACUUUAAUUUCAGGUUAUAUUUUAGAAUCUAUACCAGGAGGAAGUAGAUUAUAUUUUUGUUCAAAUAAUGAUGUUAAAGGGGAUAUUCCAAAAGUAAAAUAAAAAUAUUCUAUGAAUAGAGCUUAGUUAAUUAUGUAGCUUCCAGGGCUCCUAUUAGUUGGAUAAAUUCAUUAAGAAAAGGAUGUGAAGAUCAUGAUAAGAUAAUGUAAUAAAUUUAAUAAUGA